AUGGCGCGAAUUUCUUUCCUCGCCCUGGCUUCGGUCAUCAUCCUAAACACCUCAGCGACCAGUCUCGAGCGCGAUACCCUCAAACCCUUCCUGACCGCCCGCUUCUCACCUUCAGGCAACGAGUCAGUCUCACAAGCAUUCGAGAAUGAUCUGGUCCCACGAUACCUGAGCUGCACAGGAGGCGCUCAUCUUUGUCGUGCCGGCCAAUGCUGCCUGUACUCUUGCUGCUCGGAUGGAAGCUGCUGUGGCGCCGGGGAGCUGUGUUAUAACGAUAAGAAGCCGUCAAAGGGACCAACGUAUUGCUGCGCAAUGUACACCGAGAAGCAAUGUGACACGGGGUGUGUGCCUAUGCAGUCGGAAUGCUGUGGUAAUGGAUACUAUUGCCGAUGGGGCCGGACGUGUCGUGGAGGCUACGGUGGCACGGACAGCGACGACGACGAUGAUGAUCAUGAGACCACGACGGAGCGUACGACAAGGACAUAUUCACCUGAGACCGAAUCAGGCUCCUCAUCGACAUCCACAUCGACAUCCACAUCUAGAGAAUCUUACACUAUCACAGAGACGAAGAGCGGCAGACGCUCGACAUCGACAGAUUCCAGUGAGAUCACUACCUCCUCGUCAUCUUCCAGCGAUGCAUCAGAAUCAACGUCAUCAUCCAGGACAACAUCGACGACAAGAUUUACUGGUGUUGCGACUGCUCUUGCAGCGCCAAAUCCUCAUAGCCAAGCAGGAGACUCCGCCGCGAGCUCCCAUUCAACCAGUCUGAACACCAGAUUUAUAGUAAUACUGGCCGGAAUAUUGGGUUACUUGAGACUAUAG